GAGGGAAACAAAAGGAGCUCAGAGAUACAGAUAGCGAUGGCGAUGGAGGUCGAGAUCAUUUCUACAGAAGCUAUCAAACCAUCCUCUCCCACUCCCAAUCAUCUCAAAACCUUCAAAAUUUCCUUAUUAGAUCAGCUCGUUGCCCGUGUUUUUUCAAAACAAAUCUACUUCUACCUCCCCUCAUCUCCUGAAUGCGCAGAGAUCGAAUCAAAACCGAAGCUCCUAAAGUCCUCUCUCUCUCAAAUCUUAUCUCUCUUCUACCCAUUUGCAGGAAGAAUCACAGCCAACUUCUCAGUCGAUUGCAACGACGAUGGAGCUAUUUUCGUCGAAGCUCGAGCUCGUUGCCAUUUAUCACAAAUUCUGAACCAACCUUCAGAGAGAUUUCUCAGGAAAUUCCUUCCUCUGAAUAAUAUCCAAUCAAAUGACGGAGAUUCGAGUAGUCCUCUGCUUCUCAUUCAAUCAACCUUCUUCGAAUGCGGCGGAGCAGCAAUCGGGCUCUUGUUUCAUCACAAAAUGGCCGACGCCGCCGCCAUGGCCACAUUCAUCACCGCCUGGGCCUCCGCUGCACGCGGCGAGUCGGUCAGUCCCCCGGAGCUACUGACAGGGCCGACUCUCUUCCCCCCAAAAGAUUUCUUGGCCAACGCGAACUUACCCACCUCUUCGUCGGAGAAGACUUCCAUAAAGCGGUUCGUAUUUUCAUCUUCCAGCAUCGGAAAUCUCAAAUCCGAAGUCGCCGGAAAAACCAUCCACCAACACCAAGCACCGCCGCAGCCGACCCGAGUCGAAGCGGUGUCGGCGUUGAUAUGGAAAUGCGCCACCAAGGCUUCUCGAUCCAAUUCCCAAACAAAGCCAACGGUCUUGCUCCAGAGCGUGAAUUUGAGGACGAGAUUCAACCCUCCGUUGCCGGGAAACUCGAUGGGAAACAUGGUCGGAUACUAUCCGGUGACAACAUCGGAUGACGAGAUCGAUAUGGGUAAAGCGGUGGAGGAGCUGAAGAAGGGUUUGAUAGAGUUCAACGAGGGUUACGUGAAGAAGCUGCAAGAGAAAGAGGGUGGUUGCUCAUCGACGGCUAUACUGGAGAGGAUGAAGAUUUUCCAGAGAGGAGAUGAGGAGAUGUACGCAGUGACUAGCUGGUGUAGAUUUCCAGUACACGAGGCUGAUUUUGGGUGGGGAAAGCCGGUGUGGGUGUGUACUGUUUACAUGCCGUUUAAAAACGUGAUGGUGUUGUUGGAUAGCUUUGAUGGUGGUGGGAUUGAAGCUUGGGUGUGCCUGAAGGAGGAAGACAUGGCUGUGUUCGAGAGAGAUCCGGAGCUGUUAGAUUAUGCUGCUGUCAACCCACCUGUUUUAACCAUGAAAUGAAAUGUCAACCCACAUUUUCCAACAAUAUUUUCAAUUUGCAUUGCUCAAAAAUGAAUAAUGCUAGAUUUUAUGAAAUUUUUUCGUCCUUUAAUUAGUUAGUGCGUAAUGUUUUAUUAUAUAAAAUUUUCUAGUACUCUUGUGAAAUAUAAAUCAUAGAAUGUUUACGUUUUGGUUU